GCUGAACGGGAUCCUUUCGUCGUUUCGCUCUUUUUCAACGUGUGUCUCUUGUCUAAUACCCUCAGGGUCUUAUCAACGAGCUAUAUAUUCGCCCUUUACCCCUAGACCCCCAAUCCACGCGCCCAUACAGGGUAUACUAUUACCUUUAAUGGCCAUGGGAAGAGGCGCUUGUUUCGUCAUCCUAAAUCAUAACCCCCUCGAUAAUAGAUACAGAGAUAUGGGGUGUUCUACUAAUGGAUUAGGUGGGUUAUUCGGGCAACAAAGACGCCACAGUCCAAAACGCUGCAGAAUGUAUCAACAGUUUGAAACCGCCGCCCGCCCCGAGUCUCGGAAUUUCGUGUUGUUUUUUGUAUUUUCUUCCUUUUUUCUGUCUCACCUGCAGUAUAGCGGAAAUCCCACACUCCGGCUUCAAUCCAACAAAAGCGCAAUUGCAUCAUCAGCCGCAAUCCCGCACCGUUCAUUUGGUUGUCCGAACAGCCACACUUCUACUUCAUUGGAUAACGGCCUAAUAUUUUGGAACAGCCAAGCUUUUAUCCCUUUCUUUAAACUACAAGCUCACCGAAUCCGUUGCCGGAGUGGCUGCGAAGUAAUCACCUAGUCGGAUAUAAAGCUCCCCUGUCAACGCAUCAUUUAACGAUGUCCGCGUCUCUUCCGAGGGUGAGCGGGAGAGGGCACGUCAUAGCCUAAGCCCCAAAACAUCCUUUUCUUACUCGUCGGACCUGUUGUAUGGGCUAUGUUUACUGUGUAUGAGUGAAUGGCCCCCGAUUUCAUGUACAUGUAUUACAUCUACAAAAUGUAGGCUAUUAUCCCACCAACGG